AUGGCGCUGGGCGGCCAGAGUUUAGCAGAAUUAGAAGUUCUUUGUAAACAGCUAUAUGAGGGCACAGAUUUAGCACAAAGAAUACAAGCAGAAAAAGUUCUUUUGGAACUUAUUAACAGUCCUGAAUGUCUCAGUCAGUGCCAACUUUUACUGGAACAAGGAACGACAUCCUAUGCGCAAUUGUUAGCAGCAACAUGUCUCUCAAAACUUGUAUGCAAAACCACACCUUUACCUAUUCAACAAAGAAUGGACAUCAGAAACUAUAUACUAAAUUAUAUUGCAUCUCGACCAAAAUUGGCCCUUUUUGUGAUUCAGGCUCUUGUUCAAGUAAUUGCAAAGAUCACAAAAUUAGGAUGGUUUGAGGUUCAGAAAGACGAGUUGAUUUUUAGAGACAUUAUUGCUGAUGUUAAAAAGUUUUUACAGGGGACCGUGGAUCACUGCAUAAUAGGAGUAAUGAUUCUUUCAGAACUAACUCAGGAAAUGAAUUUUAUUGAUUAUUCAAGACCUUCAUCAAAGCAUCGUAGAAUUGCUAUCUCUUUCCGUGACACCACUCUAAAAGAAAUUUUGAUGCUGGCAUGCUCGCUGCUGAAAGAGAUAUUGGCAAAACCAUUAAAUCUUCAAGAUCAACAACAACAAAAUUUAGCAAUACAUCUUCUGAAGCUUGUCCUCAAUUGUCUUAACUAUGACUUCAUUGGUAGUUCAGCAGAUGAAUCUGCAGAUGAUUUGUGUACUGUACAGAUUCCAACAAACUGGAGAUCAAUUUUCCUGGAACCAGAGACUUUGGAUCUCUUUUUUGACCUGUAUCAUUCCCUUCCCUCAAUGCUGUCUCAGUUAGCACUUUCCUGUUUAGUUCAGUUUGCUUCUACAAGACGAUCCCUAUUUAGCAAUCCAGAACGUGCCAAGUAUCUUGGUAAUCUAAUCAAAGGAGUAAAAAGAAUACUUGAAAAUCCUCAGGGCUUAUCAGAUCCCGGUAACUAUCAUGAAUUCUGCCGAUUUUUGGCUCGAUUGAAAACCAAUUAUCAGCUUGGAGAACUGGUAGUUGUGAAAGAUUAUCCAGAAGUUAUUAGACUGAUAGCAAGUUUCACUAUUACUAGUUUACAGCACUGGGAAUUUGCACCAAACAGCGUUCAUUACUUGCUGACCCUUUGGCAAAGAAUGGUUGCCUCAGUUCCUUUUGUGAAAUCAUCAGAACCCCAUCUCUUAGAUACCUAUGCACCUGAAAUCACAAAGGCAUACAUUACUUCUAGAUUGGAAUCUGUUUCCAUGGUUAUAAGGGAAGGUUUGGAUGAUCCCUUGGAUGAUACAGCCACAGUAUUUCAGCAGUUAGAGCAGCUAUGUACAGUUAGUAGAUGUGAAUAUGAAAAGACUUGUGCUCUUCUUGUACAGUUGUUUGACCAAAAUGCACAAAACUAUCAGAAGUUGUUGCAGUCAUCUAGUAGAAAUCCUCUGGCAAUCUCAAUUCAAGAAGGACGUUUAGCAUGGCUUGUUUAUCUUGUUGGAACUGUUGUAGGAGGAAGACUAACUUAUACCAGUACUGAUGAACAUGAUGCAAUGGAUGGUGAAUUAUCCUGUCGAGUCUUUCAACUGAUUUCCUUGAUGGAUGCCCAGUUACCACGUUCUAGCAAUGAGAAAGUGGAACUUGCAAUACUCUGGUUUUUGGAUCAGUUCCGUAAAACAUAUGUAGGAGAUCAACUUCAACGUACAUCAAAAGUAAGUGCUUUUCCUAGCUACUCCAUCCCUAUUUUAAUUAGUCUGUUUAAAAAAUAUGUGCAUUGUAAGGCAGAUUAAAAAUGUUAAUCCUAGCCCAGAGUUGCGCAUGUGCUUUUACUCUCAUGAAGAGUCCUAUUCCUUUCAGAAGGAGAUAAUCUGUACUUACAGAAUGAGAUCUGCUUAGUUCAUUGAAAAGAAUGUACAAGCUCUUUGGAUGAAGGAACAUUUUGUAAACACAGAAGCUGCAAUUCCUGGAACAGAAUGCUGAACUAUUAUGACUAGUCUGUGGAUGUUUGAAUGAUGUUUUUUAUCUUUACAGCCAAGUUCAUUUUGGUGUGCCGUAUGUAAGGCUUUCAUCAGUUGUAUUCAUUAAACAGUUUGAGAUUUCA